ACAUUGACAAUUUUUUCUCCGACUUUGAGUAAUCUAAUCAUCUCCUCUUCUUCCAUGUCGCUCUUGUCUUGUUUUCUUUAAGGCAAAACUAUUUUUCUAAGUUUUCAUGUGUUUGAUGCUCACUGGGUGGCUGCUCGAUCUCUUUCCACCUUUGACUAAAUGGUUAAGAAAAAAAGACUGUUUUCAUCUCUAGCCAUCCAUGACUUCAUCUUCUUCUUCAAUUUCCAUUCAUGCCGGGAGCUCCGAGUUCUAAGAUCUUCUUGAUUUGAAUCCGGCAAGAAGUCAACGGUCAGGAUCAACGCAAAACAAUCUACCCAGAGUAUCAGAUCAUUAAAAAAUUCCAAGAAUUUCACGUUUUCAGGUACCCUUUUGAUGCAAAUUCCGCCCUGUGUUGUGUUUGAGCUAUGCAGAAGAGGAUAGUAGUGUCGAAAGCUAUCAUCUUUUCGUGGGUUUCGCGGUACCGGCGAUGGCUUCUGAGCAUCGCCGGCGGGGCUCUGAUGAUGAUUCUGGCACUGGGAACCGGGAACUGGUCAAACCUGGAUCAUUACACGGCCGGCAAAGGCGGCACGAAUCUCGAGUUUCCAAUGUCCGAGGUUGCGGUGUCCAAAGGGCCCAGUUUCCCUCCUGUACUGGCGUAUUGGAUUUUGGGGUCGAAAGGGGACAGUAAAAGAAUGUUGAGGUUGUUGAGAGCAGUGUAUCAUCCGAGAAACCAGUACCUUUUACAGCUGGAUUCCGAUUCAUCGGAUCAGGAGAGACUGGAUUUGGUGUUGUCCGUCGAGGAGGAAAAGGUUUUCCGGGCAUUCGGAAACGUUUACGUUGUCGGAAAAAGCUACGCCGUUAACCAGAUGGGAGCUUCCGGUCUUGCCGCAAUGCUCCACGCCGCCGCAUUGCUGCUUAGACUCAGCCGUGAUUGGGACUGGUUCAUCAACUUGAGCUCAUCGGAUUAUCCACUUCUCACUCAAGAUGAUAUCUUGUAUGCUUUCACUUGCUUACCAAGAGAUGUAAACUUUUUGGGAUUCAAGAACAUUACCGAGUUCAAUGGGCAGUAUGAUUUCAAUCAGAUUGCAGUUGAUCCCAAUCUGUAUUCCACAGAGAACACCCCCAUUUUCUAUGCCAGAGAGGGUAGAGGAUCACCAGAUGCAUUCAAGAUUUUUGGAGGUUCACCUUGGACGACGUUGAGCCGAGGUUUCAUGGAGCAUUGCGUGGAGGGGUGGGACAAUCUACCUCGAAAACUACUCUUGUACUACACCAAUGUAGUCUCCCCUCUCGAAUCCUACUUCCACACCCUCGUCUGCAACACCCCGGAGUUCCAAAACAGCACAGUGAACCGCGACCUGAGGCUGCACACUGUCAAGGGCGCGCUGAACCUGUUACAACGUGACGAAUUCACGUCAGACUUAGCGGUUUUCGCUAGGACCUUCGAGAAAGACGAUGAGGCCAUGGAAGGGCUCGAUAGGAACGUGCUAAACCGAGCACCAGAUGGGUUAGUCCCGGGGAAAUGGUGCUUGCCCCGAAGCACGAAUGAGAGUGUGAAGAGUGGAGGAGGUGAAGGGAAAGUGUGUUCAAGCUGGGGUGACAUUAACUCUGUGCAGCCAGGAAGUUAUGGGGUUAAACUUCACAAGAUUUUGUCCAAAUUUAGUGCAGAAAAAGAGUCACAAACUAAUCUGUGUCGGAUGUACACUGUGUAGCAGAGAAAUUUAGUGCAAAGAAAUAGGGGAAAGAGGGGUUGCUGGUGCCAGCAAUUGUCUAUAGAGAUGUUUUUGUCAUGUGACUUUGGUUCUAAAUUGGUGUAUAGGUUUGGCCUGGUUGACCAAAAAUACUAUGUUAUUUCUUUUAUUCUUUGUUUUGGUAAAAGAGAUAUACAAUUGUUAUC